AUGAUGAAGAUCUGCCUCCUGGUGCAGUGCAAAUCAGAAAACGUUCCAGGGUCCCCGGUGUUAUGAUUACACAGUUUGUGGAGGAAAUUCCAUCAGGUUCCGCCACUCCAGACUUCACCCGCAAGCCGUUUGCAGUGACCAUUCCAGAGGGUAAACCAGCCCUCUUUAAAGCAAUUGUGACAGGAGAACCGGCUCCUAAUGUGACAUGGUCUCGGAAUAAAGGAGAUACUGCUGACGAGAAAAUAUUCAAGGCCCAUUAUGAUGACAAGAUGGCAGAGUACGUUUUUGAGAUCCUCAAUGUUUCUUCUGACCAAGCAGACACCUACAGAUUUUUUGCUGCAAAUCCUUAUGGAAGAGCUGUGUGUACGGCUACUUUGAAUGUUAUUGAAGUUGGAUUUAAGAAGAAGCAGCCAGUUGUCGUCAAAAAUGAACCAGAGGAUUUCAGGAAACUUCUCAAAAAAACAGUAAUUGUGAAAAGAAAGCCUAAAAAAGUCCGAAAGGAAGGAGAAAUUGAUCCAGCUUUCUGGGACGUUCUGUUGUCCGCUCCCAAGAAAGACUAUGAACGCAUUUGUUGUGAGUAUGGAGUGACAGACUUCCGUUGGAUGCUAAGGAAAUUGAAAGUAAUGAAGUCAGAGAGAGACAAGGAGCAGGCACAGUAUGUCGAGAAAGUGGAAAAUGUGAAACAGAUUGAAGUGAAAACCGAUGGAAAGGCUGAGUUUGAGGUUAACAUGAAGCUGAUAGACCCCAACAGUCAAGUGCUCCUCUUUAAGGAUGGUAUCAUGGUUGAUUAUGGAACUGAGAAUGAAAAGAAACAUAAUCUUGAGCAAAAGGGGGAUAAGUAUAUAUUCAGCAUCAAGGAUCUUGGACCAGAUGAUGCUGGCCUUUAUCAAGUGGAUGUAGAGGAUGCCAAUGUGCUCUCAACGAAUUUCAAAGUUCCUGAUGUUGAAUUUACCUCCGGGCUUCAAAAUUGCGAAGCCAUGGAAGGCGAGACGGCUUCAUUUGAGUGUGUCCUGUCUACUCCAGUUGAUAAGGUCAUGUGGUAUGGAAAUGAUGUUGCAAUGGAAAACGAAGCAAAAUAUGACAUCACAGUUUCAGAGGACAAGCUAAGUCACAAACUUGGGAUAAAAGACCUUGACCUGGCUGAUCAGGGCAUCAUCACUGCCAUAGCGGGUAUAGUCCCAUGCAGAGCCGAGCUGAUCGUUAGAGAGGAUCCAAACCGACACAAAGGCAAAGGAAGUGGUGAGGAUGAUGAGGCAGCGAGACUCGCCAGACUCCAGAAGCAGAAGGAUGAUCUGGAGGCCAAGAGGAGGGCUCAGGCAGAGAGAGACGCAGCUGCUGCAGCCGCCGCGGCAGCCGCAGCAGCCGCCGCAGCAGCAGCAGCUGCAGCAGGAGAUGGCAGCGGUUCAGGCGAUGGAUCUGGCUUGGGGGAUGGAUCUGGAGAUGGUUCUGGAAAAGAUGGAUCAGGCGGUGAUGGCGAUGCGGAUGGCAAAAACAAACGUGACAAGACAGGCGACCUGGUGCCUGACACCACAAUAGAUUCUGGAGUCCAUUUUGCCAGUGGAUUAACGGACACCACCGCUAAUAAGGGAGAAACAGCUGAGCUUUCCUGUGUUCUCAGCAGCGACAGUUGUGAAGGCAUUUGGUACAAGGAUGGAAAGAAGUUGGACUCAACAGAAGGUACUACUAUCAUAAAAGACGGGGCCACCCACAAACUGGUCAUCCACAACUGCGAUGAGGAUUCUGCAGGGAAAUACCGCUUCGAGGCAGAUGGGCGUAAAUCAGAGGCAAUGCUCACCAUUGAAGACCCACCAAAGAUUGACUUGGAUUCUUUAAAACAAUUCCAACAGCCUGUUAUUGUCAAAGCAGGCGAAAAUGCGUCGUUCAAGCUGAAUUUCAAUGGGAAGGAGCCAAUGAAGGUGCAGUGGUUCUUGCAAGACGAGGAGAUACUGCCAGGCCUGAACGUUAAGACUGACUCCUCUGACACACAUGCUUCCCUGCGCUUGAGUAAAUGUCAGCGCAAGAACACUGGAGAAGUCAAAAUCAAAAUUAAAAACGAGCAUGGCACCAUUGAUGUCGCUACACAGCUCAUUGUGCUAGACAAACCCACCGCACCACAGCCACCAAUAGAAAUUGUUGAGAGUUCUCUGAGUGCUAUUGAAUUCAAAUGGCGCACCCCAAAGGACGAUGGUGGAUGCCCUAUCACCAACUAUGUGCUAGAGCGCCAGCAACUGGGACGCAACACCUGGACCAAGGUAGGAGAUAUCCCUGGUGAACCUUCGUACAGGGACAGAGACGUAGACCCAGGGAGGAAGUAUACCUACCGCGUCAAGGCAAAGAAUUCUGAAGGCAUCAGUGACAUGAUGGAGACAGAUGAGAUUGCUGCUGGCACGUUAUCCUUCCCUGGUCCCCCAGCUCCUCCAAAGAUAGUCAGUGCUUUCAAUGAUUGUAUCAAUUUGACCUGGCUUCCUCCAGUCAACACUGGUGGAUCCAAUAUUAUUGGCUACAACCUGGAGAAACGCAAGAGAGGAAGCAACUUGUGGAGUAUGGUGAAUCGCCCUGAUCAGCCAAUCAAAGAGAAAAAGUGUGCAGCGAAGGAUUUGAUUGAGGGGGCAGAGUAUGAGUUCCGAGUGGCUGCCAUCAACAUUUCAGGGGCAGGAGACCCCAGUGGUCCCUCUGAGAUAGUGUUUGCCAGAGACCCCAAGAAACCCCCGGGGAAAGUCAUUGACCUGAAAUUGACUGGCUCUAACUACAACAGCCUGAGUCUCUCAUGGACCAAGCCAAAGAUAGUGGAAGGAGUGGAGGAUGAAGCCAAGGGCUACUUUGUGGAGGUCCGGCCAAUCGACGACAUUGAAUGGAGUAGAUGCAAUGGCACUGCCGCCGUACAGACAUCCUUCACCGUGAUUGGUCUGAAAUCUAUGGCCAUGUACUGGGUCAGAGUGAUUGCCAUGAAUCACGGGGGAGAGGGAGAACCACAAGGCUUAGACAAUUACGUCAUCGCCAUGCCUCCUCCUGUGAAACCGAAGUUCACAGAUAAAAACAUGAAAACCUUCAUAGUUAUAAGGGCAGGAAACACAGUGCGAGUCCAUAUGAACUUUGAGGCCUCUCCCAUGCCAGAUGUCACCUGGCUGAAGGACGGAGCUCCGGUGGCCCAUCACGUCACCAUCACCAACUCCCACAAGGGCUCCCAGAUGCUCAUCCCCACCUCGGAGCGCACUGACACAGGCAUCUACACCAUCAUCGUCAAGAACCUCGUCGGCCAGGAAACAUUCGACAUCGAGAUCAGAGUGACAGAUGACCCCAAGCCUCCAGGCCCCGUGGAACUAGAGCAGAACGUCCAAGGCACGGUGACAGUCUCUUGGGUCCCAUCUCCAGAUGAGAAGCGUGAUGAUCGUCUCCACUACCUGGUGAUGAAGCGUGACUCUGUCAAGCGCACCUGGCGCACCGUGGCUGACCGCCUCUUCAACCACCAGUUCACUUCGUCCGGCAUCUUGCCGGGCCGAGAAUACAAUUUCCGGGUGUUUGCAAAGAACGACAUGGGCAUGUCAGAGCCAGCGAUGGCACCUACGUGGGGCACGGUGGCAAAGAAAGAUAAAUUUACCCUCAACAUGCCAGUGUCCAGGUCCCUGGACCUUCAGUGCGCCCCCAAGUUCCUGGUUCCUCUGAAGCUGCACGCUGCGCCCAAGGGGUACGAGUGCUACAUGAGCUGUGCCGUGAAGGGGAGCCCCACACCUCACGUCACAUGGUUCCACAACGACGUCAACCUCAACACCAAUAUCAACUACUACAUCUCCAACACCUGUGGCGUCUGCUCCAUGCUCAUCCUCAGGGUCGGCCCCAAGGACAUCGGAGAGUACAAGGUCAUUGCAGACAACCCUCUGGGAGUGGCGGAGUGCUCCACUCAGCUCACCGUCCGAGAAUAGACGAUGCUUUGCUCUGAAGAUCUGCAGAAGCAGCAGCUAUUUCAAGAUCAUAAUGAACAAAUGAAUAACGUACUGUAUACCCUGUCUGGUUAUAAAGUUAUAUAAAGAGACUGUAUGCCUAGCUCAUGUUGUGGAGGUUUCUAGUGUGAAUGCAUUUUUCUCCAUGGCUUUAAUGAUGCUUGUAAAGCACGAAAUGAAAAUAUUCACAUGAGAAUAAAAGUUGCAUAUGUGAAAUUAGCAUCUGGUUUUGUAUGUUUGAUCGAAUGAAGGGUUUUGUGUCAGCAAUAAAACACUUUUCUG